CGGUAUGUCCUCCUCCCAGACAUAUUUCACCAUAGCCUUGAACUCGAGAUUAUCGGCCCAACGAGCAUCGGAUCUGAACAGGGGACGACUAUUUUGGGUAUAAGGUUUGUCAGAGAGGAGGAGGGUUCUAUGAUCAGACUCUUGGUCCGUGAAAUGUUUUAACCAGGGUUUCAUGGUAUCAAUCAAUCCACUUUUGGGAGCACAAGGCUCUGUCUAGCCUCUCACGAAUACUACUAACCCACUAGAUGCAUCAAUCGCAUACACAAAUAAACAAUGAGAAAGAUCAAAACCUAAGCCGCACAUGUGACGGGAGACUACUCUCCGGCUCGAUCGAGUCGGUCUCUCGCUCACUACUUUUUAUUGAUUUGCCAUUUAUAAUUUCUUCUAAUUAAUUAAUAUAUUUCAUAUAUGUUAGACUAAACAUAUAAUAUAUUAGAUAUAUGACUAAGUGCUUAAUUGGUUUGAUUGGUUAGUAGUGUGUGAAACCAAACUAAAUCGCUUAAAUCAAACAGACUAUAAAAUUUAACCAACCUAAUCCAAAUUAUCCAAAUUUUUUAAGGUUACAAUGGUUACCAGUAAUCACUCAAUUUGAACACCCCUUAGUGUUAGCACUCUACUAACACUAAUUAUAAGGAUAUUAUAGUAACCACCCUUAUAACGGAUUAUUCCUCACACUCCCUUACUCUAAAGGAUUUGGGUUUAAUUUUCAAAUUAUAAUUUGAUACCUAAACUUAAUAAAUUAUAAGAUUUAGUACCUAAAAUAAUAUUGGAGAAUUAGUUUUUUGUAUCUACAAAUAUAAUGUCUUACAUUUUGACACCUAAACUUUUAAAAAAUUGUAAAUAUGUACAAGUUUAUGAGGUUUCUUGUCUACUUUCAUAAACUUUUGGUAUUCUUUAUAAGGUUCUGGUAUGCUUUCAGAAACUUGUGUUCUACUUUAUGAGAUUUUUUGUAUGUUUUAUUAGGUUUCUGAUCUACUUGAAGAAAUUCUUGGUGUGUUUAAUAAACUAGUGGUAUGCUCUAAUAAAUUUUGAUAUGUGCUUUAUGAGGAUUCUGAUAUAUAUGUGCUUCAGAGAACUUGUGGUGCUUCAAGAAACUUUCGGUAUGUUUUUGGAAACUUGUGGUCUGCUUUAAUAAACUUGUAAUAUGUUUUAUGAGGUUUCCGGCGUGCUUCAGGUAAUUUGUAGUAUGCUUUAAGAAAAUUGUGAUGUGCUUCAGUAAAAAUUGUGGUACGCUUUAUGAGGUUUUUGGAAUGCUUUAGAGAACUUGUGGCAUGCUUUACGAGAUUUCUAGUAUGCUUCAUAGAACUUGAGGUUUAUGAGAUUUCUGGUGUGAAGAUAUCAAACAAAUUUUUACCAAGUGUGAUGGGUACUAAUCGGCUAACUGCACACGUUUUAUUCUUAAUAUUUGCAUUAUGCUUAUAUGCGGAUUUUCCCUAAUUUUUGUCAUAUUCAUCAUCUUUUGACUUCUCUUACUAUAUCGUAAUUCCAUAUAGGUUACAUUCAUUUUAACCUAAAGUUAUUAGUACUCGUGUUAUUUUUAAGGAUCGACAUAUCUCGAUCUACAUCCUCAAUCAUGUUUAGUCACCGCAAGACGAGCAUGGAUACUAAAAUACUCACAUCCCAUCUCAUUGUAAUUUCUAUUUGAAGUCAAUAUUUCCGACGAGUCUAAAUAAUCAUAUAGUGGAAUAAAUGACAAGAUAAGUUGCCAUAUAUUUGUACAAAAUACAAAAACCAGGUCAUAUUGCCUUAAUAUUUUAUAAAAAAAAUUCAUAAUAUUGCCUUAGUAUAGUAUAGCGUCGGUUUCUCAUUCACUGCUUUUUAUUCACUUUCCUUAACCUACCAAUACAAUGCACUCACAUAUUAUUAAUUACAAUCUUAACCCAAAUCCUUCAAAAAUAAAAUUACAAUCUAACCCAAAACUAUUCCUAUAAAUUGGCCACGGGUCAGUCCAUUGGAGACUAAGAGAAAGAAAACAAAAACAAAGUACUUAAUUACAAUAAUGGUGGGCAUAGAUGUUAGAUUUCAGCUGCCCAACUACAUUUCUGAAGUCCAAGAACAGGGGAUAUUGGACCAAUGCUUUGACACCCUAAUGGAGCUUCGUGGCCCCAACGAUCUGACGGUCCUGCUAGACUCCAUCAACAACUUCCUUCCCCUUGCUCAUGAAAACAUUCAGCAGCUCCACCGCGAAAUGUGUUACUCUGUGGUCCGAUUUGAUGAAGUCGUGACCUAUGUCAACAGGCUCCAAUCCAACGCUAUUUGCAUCGGAGGAGGCAGGUUGGCGGACCGCUGUUAUGACAUGUUGCGUGCUUGCCAGAGAUUUGAUCAAGAAAUGUGUGACGAAUUAUUUUCACGAGUGAGAGAAGAAUACAGCAUUCUUGUUCGCACCUUAAAGAUUAUCUAUGAGAUGGAAGCGAUUAUUGUGAGUGCACAGAUGCGAAGGCUAAGGAAUAAUCUUCCUAAGUAAUUUGAUCAUCAAGCCAAGCUGUUGCUAGCUAAUCCGGUGUUCAAAGAGAAUUAUCAUCGUCAUUAGAUAUAGAUUAAUUCAAACUGUUGCAAUUAGUUUCUUCAGUUAGUUGUUUACUUUGAUCAACUAUGAAGAAUGAAAAGAUUCCAUCUGUUGUUUCUCAUCUUGUAGCUCUUUCCAAACAAGAUUUGUUCGAUAUUAUUAAACUAAAUGUGCCAAGUAAAUUAACAUGAUGAGCACUAAACAUCAACCAACUUGCAGUCCAGUAAUAUAGUCAUAUAGAUAUCUCGAUGAUAUUACUCAAGGAGUAAAGUCAUGUAUAUUGUGACACAAAUACACAACCAUCUACAGAUAUUAUUUGAUGUGAGAAUUUGGAAACCGAUAACCUUGAGUUCUACGAGCGAGAAAACCCCACUUGACGUGACUAUUGAUUAGGUUCGUGUAAAAUAAUUGAUGUAAGAGUUUCGACAACGUAGUCCUAAGGAAGCUACUCCGAGCAAUCGAGGGUACUCUCUUGAAAUUCAGCAAAUUAAAUCGUCCUCCACGACAUAUUAGUUCGGAACCAUAACUAUAGUAAAUAAGAGAUUCAUAAACUUAAAACCUAAAUAUAAGAGAGAACAGUUAAAAAAUACCUUCUGCAAGAAAACGACUAUUCAUAC